UAGACUAUGACUGUACUACAUACGAGGUGAUUUUCAGAGACUCGUCUUUUCUUUCAGUUCACAACUAGCUUAACACAGAAGCAAAGACUCCUCCGCUAUCUUCUUCUUCUUCUUCUUCUUCUUCUUCUUCUUCGAUUGUUUGAUCGUCACUAUAAUCAGAGGCUGAAAUCAACAGAUUCUUGUACAGAUUCUUUUGCGCUCUUCUGAGUCUUUUUGUUCCUUCUGAUCGAUUCAGGAGGACGAUGUGGAUGAUUAUAAAUUUUCUGCGUCGAAUUUUUGGGAUCGAUCGUCCCGAGUAUGACAAUCGUGGAAAAGCUCGGCAGCUUCGCGUUUUUGCAAGCUCUUACACGGGAUCGAAAUCGGAGUUCGACAAAGGCGGCUAUUCGAGAAGGUUUCAUCCGAGUAGGUAUCAGUUAAGCCAAUCAGUUAUAUCAAUCAAAAUUCGUCCGCAGUUCGGUAGGCCUUUGAGAGAUUUAAGUAAGAAACCUAAAUCUCUGUUUGAGUCGCUUGUGACGACACAUUCAGUCAGACCGUCGGCUUCAAUUAAGAACUCGGAAUCCGCUAGGGUUUCGAGAGCUUCAGAGCCUUAUUCUGAGUUCAUCGCGAAGACAUACGCCACCGCACAGUCGACAUCAAAUAAGAAAUCGGUAUCAGAUAGUCAUUCGAGAGCUUCAAUUUCUUCAUCGAAUUUCUUCGUGACAACACACACUACCGGUAAAUCGGCUUCUCCUAAACCGGCGGUGCCGCUGCCGGAAGUUACCGCCGAGCCACCGCCGACCUCGAACCCGACUCUGCGUCCAGUUUCUGGCCAUGGAAGGAAUCAGUCGGCGUACAUUCUGGAGGCGAACAGUUCCUUGGCCUUGUACUUAAUUCCUAAAGACGUUGAAGAGUUGAUCAAAUACGACGCCGUUCCUCCAGUUCUGAGACAUCCCGUGUGUCCUGCAACUUACAAGUCUUAUUUUGCUGCUCUUCUCUACGCUGAGGACUUCUAUUGCAAGAAAUGGAGCGACUACAAAUUGGAAAGCGUGAAUUUAGAGCUUCAAGAAAUUUUGAUUCGUAAACAAGCAAAUAGGAAAGCGAGAAUCGACGGCGAUGAAAAGUUCUAUAAAACCUUCGCGGCAUUCGAGUUUGAUUCAGUUCCUGAGAGGCGGCCGUUUCUACUAUCGAGGGAUUUGGUCCACGCACGACUCUCCGGGACCGAAUACGAGCCAUUUCAGGGUUUCGUCUAUCGAGUUUCUUCGAGUCAUAGGUCGAGGAAGCGAAGCGUUCUUUUGGUUGAUUUCGGAGACGAUUUUUAUGACUGGCAUCAUGAAACCAACAAAUAUGAUAUCAGUUUCACCUUCAACAGAGUUUGUUUAAAAAGAGCUCACCAAGCCAUACAAGAAGCAUCUGAUUCUUUGUUCCACAAUUUCCUUUUCCCUGAAUCCAUGUCAAGAACAAGACAUCCCUCCAUUCAAGUUACACAUUCUACCCAUCAAUGUCUUGAUCCUGCUCAAAAACAUGCAGUCCAUCACAUUUUGAAUCUUCAUAGCUCACCACCUUAUCUGAUCAACGGUCCACCGUGCAUACACGUCAACGAUCGGGCUCGGAAUCGAACGUUCGAGCUUUCGAGAACGGGCACAAUCAUUAAAGAAGCAGUGAUUCAGAUUUACUCAACCUCUCCCAAUUGCAGAAUCCUAAUCUGUGCUCCUAAAAACUCAACAUGUGAUGAGCUGAUGAUAUCUUUGAAGAAGGUGAUUCCCGAGUCCAACAUGUUUCGUGCUAUCGCCGCUUUUCGAGAGCGAGACGAUGUACCAUACGACAUAUUGUCUUCGUGUUAUUACAACGAGGACGAGGAGUGUUUCAGUUCUCCAAUACUCGACAAGCUCCGCGAAUACAAGAUUAUAUUCUCGACGUACAUGAGUAGCUUCCGACUACAUGCUAAAGGCUUGGCUGCUGGACAUUUCAACCAUAUUUUCUUGCUCGAUGCAUCGGCAGCUAUCGAGCCCGAAACGUUGGUGCCUUUGACUAAGUUCGCUACAAAUGCAACCAGUGUUAUAGUUACUGGACAGACAGGGAACCAACCUAAUUAUGUUCGGUCAACAAUCGGUCGAAGAAAUGGAUUGAAGACAUCAUAUUUUGAAAGACUUGAGGUAAGCUUGCCAUAUAGUGACCUUAAUCCUCUGUUCAUUUCAGGCUUAGAGGAACAGCCAGGAAGUAAUGGCGAAGUUGUUGGGUUGACUGGUACAUAUAUGUAUUAACAUACCAUAUUAUUUAUAUAUAUAUAUAUAUAUGUAACGACCCAGUC